AUGAAUCUGGCACAUGUUGUCAGAGAGGAGGCUCCCAAAUCAGGAGAAAAUCCAAUGUCUAAGGAAACAAUGAUGACCAUUGAGGCUUGGAAACAAUCUGAUUUCCUGUGCAGAAACUACAUCCUUAACAGGCUUGAUGAUACUCUGUAUGACAUUUAUUCGUCAUACAAUUCUGCAAAGGAAGUUUGGGAAUUACUUGAGAAAAAAUACAAAACAGAAGAUGCUGGUGCCAAAAAGUUCGUGAUUGGCAAAUUUCUCAAGUAUGCCAUGGUUGAUUCGAAGACUGUUAUUAAACAGGUUGAAGAACUUCAAAUUCUGAUCCAUGAUUUGCUUGCAGAGGGGUGCUCUAUUAAUGAACACUUCCAGGUUGGAGCAAUCAUAGAGAAACUGCCUUCAUCAUGGAAAGACUUCAAAAUUUACUUAAAGCACAAGCGCAGAGAGAUGUCUAUGGAGGAUCUGAUUUUGAGGCUUCGAGUUGAGGAGGAUCACAGGAAAGGUGACAAGGGUGAAGUGCCUGUCAUGGAAGCCAAAGCCAAUGUCGUUGAGACAUCAAAGCCAAAAUUCCAGAAUAACAAGGGCAAGAAAGUUGCAAAGAACUAUGGCAAAACUCAUGCACCAAAAGGCAAGGAUUUCAAGAAAAUCAAAGGUGCUAUUAGGCACAUUUGUGGUGACAGAAAUCUGUUCACUGAUUACGAACAGAAUUCUGGUGGUGAGAAACUGUACAUGGGAAAUGCCUCUGCAUCUGCAGUUGAAGGCAAAGGCAGUGUGCUGCUGAAGUUCACUUCUGGGAAGGUUUUAACCCUUUUGGAUGUGCUGCAUGUUCCUGAAAUUAGGAAGAACUUAGUGUCUGGGCCUAUUCUUAGUAAGAAGGGUUUCAAACUUGUAUUUGAAUCUGACAAGUUCAUCCUAACCAAAGGAGGGCUGUUUGUAGGAAAGGGUUACCUUGCUGAUGGUUUGUUCAAACUCAAUGUAACUGGCAAUGAUGCUUUUAAUAAUAAUAUAAAUAAGGUUUCCGUUUACUUUGCUGAGUCUUCUAAUAUUUGGCAUGCUAGAUUAGGUCAUAAUCCAAGUUUUCUAGGCAAACCUUUAAAUCUGUUCAAGGAAGAUCAAAUGAAUUACUUGGAUUAA